UUGAUGACUGUCAUUUUGAGGAGGGUUUUUCAUUUGUUUUAUUCAUGUCUUAGUUCUAUUUUGUGUUUUAGUACUACAGCUUCAUUUGUUUUCUUUCAUUUAUUUACAUUCUUUCAUGUGCUUAUUCAUUUAUUCAGUCCUAAGUAUUGCUUUUAGUAUAUUCUAGGACUCGUUUGUUGGAAAUGAAUUUAUUAUUUCAUUUGUAUAAGUGUCUGCCUGCAUAUAUGUGCACUGUGUAUGUGCCUGGUGUCUGCAGAGCCCAGAAGAGUGCAUUGGAUCCAUUGUAAUUAUAGUUACAGAGAGGUAUGAAUCACCAUGUGAGUGCCUGAAAUUGAACUAUGGUCUUCUGGAAGAGCAUUCAGUUCUGAAGUGCUGGGCCAUCUCUCCCAUCUUGGAAGUAAUUUCUUUAAGCCUAUUUGUAUAGUGGAAAGUUUUUCUUUGUCCUUCAACUCUGAUAGUUUCGUUGGGGACAAUAGUCUAGGUUGCCAUCCAUGGUCUAUUAGAACUUGAAGAACAUUGCUUUAGGCCCUGGUGGCUUUGGAAACUUUCCAUUAGACUCUAACCAUUGCUCUGAUGGGUUUCCUUUAUGUAUGAUGUAUGCUUUCUCCCCCUCUCUUUCUCCCAGUGCACUCUUCUUGUUAUGUCUAUUAAACACUUUUACUAUAAUCUGCUGUGGGGAGUUUCUUUUCUGGUCAUGUCUACUUGGUUUGAGUAUGUCUUUCCUCAAUUUGGGGACGUUUGUUUUGUGGUCUAGUUGAAGAUCUGGUCUGUGUAGUUGAUCUGGAAUUUUGUUUUCAUCUGUGCCUAUAAUUAGAUGACUUUUCAAGGUGUCCAGCUGUUCUUUUCAUCUUUUUUUUAAAAACUUUUCAUAAUUUUUGCUUGAGUAGUUCAAAUCUUCUCCAUCUUCAAGUCUGGGCCACCCCCCUUCUCUUUGAUUCUACUUCCCAGGCCCUCCCCUGAGUUCUCCAGUCAUGCCACUGAGUUUCAUUUCAGCUCAUGCUCUAAGUGUUUUUAGCUCUUUACUGAAUCCAGUUUUCAAAUCCUGAAAUGUCAUUGUCAUUUCAUUCAGUUAUAUAUUUAUGUUUUCUUGGCUAUCACUCAGGCAUAUAUUAGAAUCCUUAUUAAAUUUGUGGAACUGCCCUCUCCCCAUCAUUUUUAAACUCCUUUGAAAUGUUUGAUAAAGUUUGUGAUUAUUCUUUUAAGUUUGGUUCUGGAGUCCAUAUAGGUAAUUCUCACUGGAUAUCUCCAUCUCUAUCUCCAUCUCUAUCUAUCUAUAUCUCUAUAUCUGUAUCUAUCUAUCUAUCUAUCUAUCUGGAUAGUUGUAGAUAGAUAUAUAUGGACAUAUAUAUCCCAUUUAUAGACGUAUGUGUAUAUAUAUAUAUAUAUAUAUAUACAUAUAUUUAGAUAUAUGUGUGUAUAUACACAUACAUACAUACACACACAUACACACACACAUAUGUACUGAGUGAGGACAUAAUGUCUUGGCCUUUCAUAUUGUUUGUGUUUUUGUGUUACAGCCUGAGCACCUGAGCAUGUAGGCUUUUCUUUUCUUUUUUUUUUUUUUUUUUGGUUGUCUGUCUGAUGUGAGAUUUUAGCCUGAUGCAGAAGCUGGUUGAAUGUAGCAGUACCAGGGACUGCCAGUGACUCUUGAUUGCUGAGUUGUGUUUUCAUGUAGUUGGACUGUUUCACUUUCCUAUUAGCAGUGUUAGAGAGUUCCUGUUCUACUGCCUGUAUGCUCACUGGUGUUUAGUAUUUGAAAAUCAGUUAUCUAAUGAAGGUUCAGUGUUGGUGUGCCUAAAGAACUCUUCUUACGCAUCAGCAAGACAUUAUUAGUAAGUACUUUAUACUAUCUGAUUCUACCACUUGCAUGCCAACCUAACAAUAUAAAGAGAAAGCUCUACCAGAAAGUAAGCACAGGAUUUAAAUGGGUAUUUCUUUAGAUAAGACAAACAACUGACCAGUAAACACACACACACACACACACACACACACACACACACACAAUGCUGAAGGGGGAAACACAAAUAAAGAUUACAGUGAAGAUCUAGGAUGCAAUCAGAAGUCUAACUUGGGUCGAAAUCACAAGGCCAAGAGUUCAAUCCCCACCCCAUUUAUAGUGAAAUAACACAUCAUACUUACUAGAAUUACUAAAAUUUUAAAAAGAUAGAUAUAAAAAGUGUUGGUGUGACUGUGGGGAGUUGGAAUCUCCAUAUCUGGCCAAGGGAGACUGUGGAACAGUAGCAGUUUCUCCAGGGCUUGCAUACAGUGAUCCACCAUGAUGCUACAUACAGUGAUCCACCAUGAUGUUACAUACAGUGAUCCACCAUGAUGCUACAUACAGUGAUCCACCAUGAUGCUACAUACAGUGAUCCACCAUGAUGCUACAUACAGUGAUCCACCAUGAUGCUACACACAGUGAUCCACCAUGAUGCUACACACAGUGAUCCACCAUGAUGCGACAUACAGUGAUCCACCAUGAUGCUACACACAGUGAUCCACCAUGAUGCUACAUACAGUGAUCCACCAUGAUGCUACAUACAGUGAUCCACCAUGAUGCUACAUACAGUGAUCCACCAUGAUGCUACACACAGUGAUCCACCAUGAUGUUACAUACAGUGAUCCACCAUGAUGUUACACACAGUGAUCCACCAUGAUGUUACAUACAGUGAUCCACCAUGAUGUUACACACAGUGAUCCACCAUGAUGCUACACACAGUGAUCCACCAUGAUGUUACACACAGUGAUCCACCAUGAUGCUACAUACAGUGAUCCACCAUGAUGUUACAUACAGUGAUCCACCAUGAUGUUACAUACAGUGAUCCACCAUGAUGUUACAUACAGUGAUCCACCAUGAUGCUACAUACAGUGAUCCACCAUGAUGCUACAUACAGUGAUCCACCAUGAUGCUACAUACAGUGAUCCACCAUGAUGCUACAUACAGUGAUCCACCAUGAUGUUACACACAGUGAUCCACCAUGAUGCUACACACAGUGAUCCACCAUGAUGUUACAUACAGUGAUCCACCAUGAUGUUACAUACAGUGAUUCACCAUGAUGCUACACACAGUGAUCCACCAUGAUGCUACACACAGUGAUCCACCAUGAUGUUACACACAGUGAUCCACCAUGAUGUUACAUACAGUGAUCCACCAUGAUGUUACAUACAGUGAUCCACCAUGAUGUUACAUACAGUGAUCCACCAUGAUGUUACAUACAGUGAUCCACCAUGAUGUUACAGUUGCACUUCCAGGUAAUAUACCCAGGAAGGAUAUAAAUAUAACCACACCAAACCUUACACAUAAACCUGUGCUUUAGAAUAGCUCAAAUGGAGAAACAACUCAAAUUUACCAGCUGACUGGGAGUGGGGUGUUGGAAAUUUAAUGCCAGCCUGGCCUCAUAGUAAAACCUCAUCUUGAAGAAGAAAAAUUAUGGGGAGAAGAUGGUGGGGAUACUUCCAUACAUAGCUCACUCCUGUCUUCUUCUAUUGGUAGGCAUUUAGUGCUCCAGUUUUUCCCCUUUAUAAUGAUGGUGCAGUGGCCAUUCUUGUAUAUAGAUAUUUAAACAUUUGUGGGAUGAGGAUGAUUAUUAUAUUAUAGAGCCCUGAAAAUAGGUCUGUUGAGGAUUUGUAUUGGGUAGUGGAGUUGUUUGUCUUUAUGUUAUUAUGUUAACUUACAUUAAUGAAAUGUAGGUGCUUCGUACAUGACAUUUUAAUUUCCAUACCGGAGGACUUGGACAUCUUAAACUCUUCAGUUACCUUUCCUCUACUCUUGAGUUUCGUUAUAAUCCUAUUUUUAGUGAAAUCAAUAAUUAAUAUUUAAUCAGUGACCUAUUGUUGAAUCACAGAGUCACCUAGGAGUCUGUGACUAUAUCCCAUCUCAUUAAAAAAUUUGUUAUCUAAUUUUGUCUCUAUUUAACUCUUCAAAUGCAAAUUUUAUGUUUUCCCCUGAUGUUUACUACUUGCCAUUGUUUUGUCUUCUCUGUGCUUUCCUCACCUCAGACCAGGGAAUUGGAGCAUAAUGGUUUGUUUACACCCACCAUUUUGAAAAAUAUCUGUUAUAUGGUAUUGUAGUAACAAUAGCAACAACUACAUAUUUUUGUAAUGCAAAAUCCAACAGAAGUUGGUCUUAUCUCCUCCAUUUGUAGCUAUGCCAAGAUGGCAGAGAGUUACGUGGAGGGUCUCAGGUGAAUGUUGAAAGACAUUCCAAGCCAGACUUGAUAUCACUUCCCUACAAUGUAGUGUAUUUACCCACAUGACAUCUAACAUAAUUGGAAGAAGACGGGAAGAUACAAUCUUAUUAAUUGCUCAGGAAUAGUGAACUGUAGUGAGUGGAAAGCAUUGACCCCAGCUGUUCAUCUUCUCAGACUAUUUCAUUCUUCUUGGGACACACAGCACACAAUACUCUGUGUGAAGAAGGCCGUCCAGAGUCCCUUCCAGUCAUGGCUGUCAGCUCAAAGUACAGAUCUCUGUCUUGUUCAUGGCUGUCAGUUCAAAGUACAGAUCUCUGUCUUGGAAGAACUUCUGGGAAAUGCUUGAGAAAAUGAAGCUGUCUUUAACUAGGCUUCUCUCAGUGCAUCAUGCCAUAGCUGAACUUAUUUUAAGUACAAAUACUUUAAAGAAUUACUAGAAGCCUUAUGUUUAACCCCAUUGUGACAAUUGUUAGGAAUGUUCUAGGACUUGGCCAGAUGGAAUAUGUUUGGAAGGAUGACUAGUGUCACUGGUGACUGUGAUUUUACCAUACCACCUCUGACCUGGGUUUGUCAGUGACAUGGGGAUUAUACUCCUUCCAUAGGGUCCUUGUGAAAUUAACUGAGUUAUGGUAGGCUAGAAUCUAUGUAUAAGAGCACACACUAGCUAUUGACAUUUGACCUAGGUAUUUAUUGUAGUGAAGAGUAAGUAUAAAAAUGCAAUUUAUUACAAAAUUUAAUUUUUAAAAACUUAUCACCUUUUUUUUUUUAAAAAAAUCACCACAAAACUUUGAGAGAUUGCAGUUCUGUUACAUAAUAUUUUACUGUGUGGUACAACUCUGAGGGCUGGACCCAGAAUCUCCAGUUCACCUGCAGCUUUCCCAAGUGGCUGCUUGUGCACUGUCAGGUCUUGCCUUUCUUUCUGCCUCAUUGUGUAUGUGUACCUGUGUGUCUCUGUUGUACUUGUGUGUAUACCUGUAUGUGUACACCUGUGUGUAUAUGUGUACCUGUGUGUGUGUAUGUACCUGUGUGUGUGUUUGUGUGUGUGUACCAGGGUACUCUUGUGGAGGUAAGAGGAUAGUUUUCAUACCAUGUCAGUCCUGAGGACCAGACUCAGUCUUGUCAUCCAUUCAUAAUUGUAUGACAUAAAGGGUUAGGUAUAACACUAUUCAGGACAAAGGACAUCUCACAGCCUAGAGAAGAGAAAAAGACUAGGAGUUGGAAGACCAGAUGAUGUGAGAGAAACUUCAGGGCUGAAGUUAAAUUUUCAUUAAAUUUUGUCCAUAUGUUCUGAUUGAUGGAGGCUCUAUUGAUUCAUCACAGUGAACACAUUUCUGUGUUUUUGUUUCUUAGCUAUGCUGGAGAUCGGACUCCUGGCCUCAAGCUUGUGAAACAAGCACUUGCUCUACCAACUGUUCUACAGUCCCAGCUUCAUGUCUUACUGCUUUUUUCUUUUUUAAAGACAACAUGGAGUUUUGUAGCCUCUUCUGGUCUUGAACUCCCACCUCAGUUGUUCCACUGCUAGGACUAAUGUAUAUACUACCUUGCUGACUUUCUUUUUUUUUUUUUUUUUCUUUCUUUUUCUUUUUCUGGUUUUUUUGAGACAGGGUUUCUCUGUAUAGCCCUGGCUGUCCUGGAACUCACUUUGUAGACCAGGCUGGCCUCGAACUCAGAAAUCUGCCAGCCUCUGCCUCCUAAAUGCUGGGGUUAAAGGCGUGCGCCACCAUUGCCCGACCCUUGCUGACUUUCUAAUGGGCAAGUUUCUAAAGGUCUUUCUGUUUAGUGUUGAAAUGAGCCACUUUAAGCUGUAAAUACUCCCUAAUACUGAGGACAAAAGUUAUGUUAGACAUGCAAAUGAUAUUUGGGAGGUAGGUCAGAGUUAUUCAAGUCUUAGCCAGUAUGGGUACUGAAGGACUUCGCAGCCAUCUGGCCUUCAUCAGAGGAAAUUAUGGCUCAAUAAAAACAAAGUAAGGCGAACCUGCUGUGUGAUUCAGUGGUCAUGAUAUUAACUAAACUAUGACAGUGUAGCUGUGUGUUCUUAAGUGCUUUCUUGCUUGUAUCUGGUUUAGGUGGAAGUUCAGGCUGAGUAUUAUGUUACCAGUUUUUACGGUUCUACUCCUGUAGAUCUUUUGUCUUUUUUGACAGUUCUCCUGGGAAUAGCACUGCUAUCUUCUUGACUGGCCUUUCAGUACUUGCUACCUUUCCCCCCGACUGACCAAAGCUGGGCUUGUGCAUGACUCCUUCUGUCCCGAUGAGAUACUCAGCUCAACUUGUCAUCAUUCUGUGGGGCUUUGCCAGCUCUGCAGGAGGUGUUUGCUGCCUGGGCAGUAUUGAUAGUUGUUAUCUUCUCACUGUUGCUGCUUGGAAGUAGCAUUUGAAGAAACACAAGAUAAUGCCAAGAGAAGGCACACAUACCACUCUUGUUGUGUUUCUCAUGCCUGAGAUAGAAUUUUGGUACUCAAAGAAACCGUUCUCCUACCCUGUUGUAGCAUCUGAUUUAGGUGUGUGUGUGUGUGUGUGUGUGUGUGUGUGUGUGUGUGUGUGUGUUUUAGAGGUCCUAAACUACACAGCUGUCCUAACCCUGCGCUGUCUUUUUCCUGAUGAAUUGGAAUUGGAUACUACCAAUUGGUAGUAUCCAAUUCCAAUUGGAUAGUAACUUUUCUUUGUGUGGGGCGCUUCCUUGUGCAUUGUAGGAUGUCAGUAGCAUCCUUGGCCUCUUAUAAACUGCCAAUAGCACUUACAAAGCCAUGGCAAGCAAAGAUGCCUCCAAAAAUCACUACUGUUGAUGACCACUGAUGUACUGAUGCCUCUCCCUGGCCCUCUGCUAGAUUAAGGUCAUCCUACUCCUUGUCGGGUUGUCAUUGUUCCCAGCCUUGCUCCUCUCCCCUGACCACUAUACUCUCCUAGUAAGGUGGAACGUGUUUAAGUGGAAGUCAGACUCGGUAGGUAGGCAGAGCUGGCACUGCAGCAUACAGAUGGGUGUGGUUUUGGGUGGUGGCUCGUGAUUAGAUGGUUAAAUGUCUUUUGACAUGAAAGCGCGCAGAUGACACUUCACAGAACAUAAUUAGCUUGAAGUCAAUGGCCCAAAAUGACUCUGCUAGAGGAGACUCACUUCCGUAAGGAGGAAGACCAGGUCGGAGGCUGGGAUGAGCAUGCCAUUGCACCAGAUCUCUGCCAUCCCUUCUCAGGAUGCCAUUUCUGCUAGAGUCUACAGAAGCAAGACCAAAGAUAAGGAGCAGAAUGAGAAGACUUUGGGACAUUCCAUGAGUCAUCCAAGCAACAUUUCUAAGGCUGGGAGUAGUCCUCCAUCCACGACGGCUCCAGUGUCUGCCUUCUCUCGCACUUCUGUCACACCAUCCAACCAGGACAUCUGCAGUUCCAGUGCAGUGUUUUCUGAGUGUUGUCACUUCAGUCCCGUGCAGUCUGCUGUUGUCUUGAAAGCUCCUCCAUGCCAGAGUUCUCUGACACAAGGGCUCACUGUGACAGUUCUAUGUAAAGACACAUUACAGGCAUCAAAGAAAAAUCCCUUUGGUUCAGACUGGGACCAAGUCUUGACGCCCGCUAAAAAUACUAAGACCAGAAGAGCACUCAGAUUCUCAAAGUCACUAAGUGAUGUGGGUGAGAAGACCCAGGAGAGUUUGGAAAGCUUUGACUAUAUGGAAAGAACUUGUUCUGAAGGGAAAUUGGUGCUUCCUCAAGGUUCAUCUCUCAAAAAGAACAGGCUCCGUCAUAAAGAAAAAAGAGCAGAGCACUGCCCACCCCUCAGCCAUUCCAAACACUCUCCUAUCUUAUCCCUUUCUACCAACCAUUCAGCUGUCUCAAAGAGGGAAGCUGGCAAGGGAAGCGUGCGCAUCCCACUUUUGGAGGAGAAAGCUGAUGGCGAGGCCAGGUUGAGAAGCCAGCGACUACUCCGGUACCUGUUCUCGCUCUCCCGUGGCUCAAGUGCCAGUAGCCUACAUAGGUUCCAUGAGCUGGAGAGCCAUGCCAGCCAUCUGCACACUGCCAAGUCCUCCAGCUGGCUGGCAGGGAGCAUGGACUUCUGUUCUGAUGAAAUGGGAGAUGACGACGUCUUUGAGGAUACAUCAUCUGCCAAAUUGAAGAACAGGGUCCUGCGUGCACCCCUCUGCUCAGUAGAGAAGGACAGUGACCUGGAUUGUCCUUCUCUGCUCUCUGAAAAAUGUACUCCCAUCUCUCCUGUGUCCACUUCAGGGGAUGCCUGCAGGAUCUGCCACUGUGAAGGGGAUGACGAGAGCCCUCUGAUCACCCCCUGUCACUGCACAGGGAGCCUCCAUUUCGUGCAUCAGGCUUGCCUGCAGCAGUGGAUCAAGAGUUCUGACACACGCUGCUGUGAACUCUGCAAGUACGAGUUCAUCAUGGAGACCAAGCUGAAACCUUUGAGGAAAUGGGAGAAGUUGCAGAUGACUGCCAGUGAGCGCAGGAAGAUCAUGUGCUCAGUGACCUUCCAUGUCAUUGCUAUCACCUGUGUGGUCUGGUCCUUGUAUGUGCUCAUUGACCGCACAGCAGAGGAAAUCAAGCAGGGUCAGGUAACAGGAAUCCUAGAGUGGCCUUUCUGGACGAAGCUGGUAGUUGUGGCCAUCGGCUUCACUGGAGGACUUCUCUUUAUGUAUGUUCAGUGCAAGGUGUACCUACAGUUAUGGAAAAGACUCAAGGCUUACAAUAGAGUGAUCUAUGUUCAGAACUGUCCAGAAACAAGUAAAAAGAAUAUUUUUGAAAAGUCUGCACUUACAGAGCCCACCCUUGAAAAUAAAGAAGGACAUGGAAUGUGUCAUUCCACCACAAAUUCUUCUUGCACAGAGCCUGAAGACACUGGAGCAGAAAUUAUUAACGUCUGACCAUGUGAGGGUGUCAUUUCCUUGAUGUCCACCAACAGCUGAAGGAAUUUGUCUGCUGCCAGUUGUGUUCCUUCUUUCUGUCGUUUAAUAGCAUAGACUGGGCAGGUGACUAUUUAUAGUGGCCUCUCUUUUUCUCAACCCUCCUUGGUGUGAAUGUCCUAGAAUUCUUGUGGGGCAGGUACCACUGGGUUCCAUUCUGCCAGGCUUCUCUGUGGUCUGGGAAGGUGGGAGACCCCAUGUAUCCAUGACAAGGAGCUGGCUAAGUUCCAGCCCCUGGUCUUGAAUAGAUUAUGGAAGUAAAAAGCUAAAGCAGAAGACAGAGCAGCAUGGGGAGAGGAGGCGGGUGAUGGAGGGUCCCCAGAGGACAGAGCAGCAUGGUGCGGGAGGGCUGCUGCUGCUGGGAGGGGUCCCUCACACUAACGAGAGCUAGGAGUGGCAAGGGAGCAGUGCCUCCAGACAGCAGCCCUGCAGCCCCUGCCUUGCUCAGCUGAUGCCACCACCUUGCUCGGGGGGCAGACAAGGCCUUGGGCUGUGUCUGCUGGUGUGUGACUCACUGAGAAAACAGCACUUUAUGAGAGUUUUUAUUUUGGAAUUCCUGUGUUUAAUGGGAGUGACAUGUUUAAACACGUGUCACAUUUAGAAAUGUUCUCUUUAUUGCCUGUUAUCUCUUUGCAUCAAAAUCGAACUGAAACCAUUUCUGCCUUAUAUAUUCUGAGUAGUAGAUGUCCUUCCAUGUCCAGAAAAGACUUCAGACUUUAAGCAAGACAGACAGGUCUGAGACUCCAUGGGAAUUAAUGGAUGCUAAGAGUGUAAUUCCUCUGGUUUUGAGCCUGUUUCCUGAAAAGUCCUAUCUCACAAGCUCACCCAUACAUUUCUUUGUUGUGAGCGUUGAAAUGAAAGGGUUUUGAGAUGUAAUGAAUCUGAAUCAGGGUGAGCAUUUAAAAAACGCUCCUUUGACUGACAGAUGUCUCCAGAUGGAGUGGGUACACAUUGGGGACACUCCUGUGAUCCACCUCUGCUGUCCCCUGUGCUGACAAAGUUCUGUGGAGUCAUUGCUGAGGGCUGGGAGGUCAACAGACCAGCUCUGGGAUGAGGUCUUGGGUGAGCAGUCAGCUAAUUGCAUCGCCAUUGUGUCACUGACCUGGCCUCAUACCCACUUAUUGCCUUAAGCAGACUUGACAGGAUCACUAGGGUCCUUAGCUCCAAUGUGACCUAUUCUGUCUUGGGGUUACCUCCUGCGCGAUAUUUUCACAAGACAGACAAAAUCAAAUCACUACUGCUAAGUGGCCAUUGCCCCUUUAAAAAGUUUGUUGAACAUUUUUUUUCUUGAAGGCCAUUGUCAAAGUGCCAGGCAAUAGUCAACUUACAAUGUGACAAGAGGAACCGCAGAAGUGUACUACUCUCCAAGUGGCUGCUGUCGGCUCCAGGGUCUUCAGAUUCUCUUGAGGUGGCCAGGGCAAUGCCUAGGGUCCAUCUCCCUGAGCUUUGGCUGCUUCACCUGUCUUCUCCAGAGACUGAGGCAAACCGAAGAUGAAUCUUUUGUAGUUCCUAGUAGAAGCCCCGUGCUUAGUUUUCAGAAGCAUGUGGAGGCUAGCUAGAAGGCUUGUGGAAGCAAGUUCUGUCCUGUUAUCCCCUUGUCUACUCCCUGGAGUCAUGGAGUUCAGUUGUGGAGCUGUUCUGCCAGGGCUUUCAGCCAUUAUCUAAUGGGCCCACCCCUUAGGUCAGCCUGCCCUCUCUCUCCCAGACCACAUAAGCCUCCCUGUGCUCACUGUGCCCCAAAGUGCAAUUACUCACACUCAGUGAGGACACCAGGCAGCUACAGACUGCCCACUAAGCUCUGACUAUUCCUUUUAGCAGCUGCUGCGGCGAGUCUCUGACCCUGUCCAUCUGUCUGUGACAAGAUGUUCCAACAUUGGGUGGGCAGUCAAAUGAAGAUGGAGGCAUUUGUAGAGAAGAAAGUGUCCCUCAAUGGGGGUUGUCUCUGCACAGCUGCCCUAGGGGACUUGUACUCCCACAUAGAUAGGUGGCUUUGGAAGCAUGGCUUCAUGUUGUUCCCUUUAUUUCAGGAAGGCCUGAUGCUAUCUCUUCUCUGGCUUCUCUGAUGAACUCUGUCCUUCAUCCUUCCCCCGCUCGUUUUCCCUGAAGGUUCUCUGAUCUAGUAAACAACUACACAUGUGACUCAGUGCAGGAGACUGGCAAGGCACGGCUGCGAAGCAUCUGGCAGAGCUCUGGGUCUGCCCAGACUCUCCUAGUCCUUGCCUCUUUGGCCUCUGAGUAAUUUUGCAGGGCUAUCUGUCUACCCCAUUGUUCCUCACUUUGAGCUUAGAUAUAGUGGGAAGAUGGCAUGUAGCUAGACCAAGCAGAUCUAGGAUGAGGGAGACCUCAGGCCAGGAGGGCUUGUGCUUGUGGGUCAAAUGAAGAAGGAAGUCGUCUCAGGGUGUCACUGGCAGCCCUCUAACUUGGCCUUUACCCCGUAUGUCAUAGACCCAUUCGCACAGCUUUGACUCUAGCUGCCACAAGUGAGUAGUUGAGGGUUAUGCUCAAGUGUAUCACAAGAUUUUCCUGGAAAUGUAAACAUUCUCUUAGUCUAGGUCUCUCUGUCUCUCCUUUCUGGCUUCAGGACACUCUUCGUUAAGUAGGCUUAGUUUUCAAACCUGUGGGUAUGUCCAAGUGGACACAGAUGUGCAGGCUCAGGCGGUGGGGGAUAGGACAGUUCAAGGCCUGGGGUAGUAUCUAAGUGACAGAGGGGAAAGGCUGUGUGGGCAGGGUGAAGAGCUGUAAUCUUGUGGGUGUGGUUAGAUGCACAUGUAUAUAUUUCAUUCUACCUGUUCAAAUCUGGUUUGGAAUAAUGCAGCUUAUAGCUGCAGCUCAAGGAAAGCCCAAAGCAUAGGGAGAGAAAAGGCACUUGUCUCUGUGUCGGGAGUGAGUGACGAAGGCAUGUAACUGGUGCACAUUUAGAUGCAACGUUUCAAGUUGAUUGUUAAUAAAAACCAAAUUUACACUGGUGUGUGUAGUGUAGUUUCUAAAAAGCACUUCACAUUUUAAAUUUUUCUUGGAAAAUUUCUAGUAAUCUAAAUGUCUAAUUUUUUAAUCUUUUUGUGUAUGUUCAUUGUUUCUCAGUAUUACUGCUUGAAUAAUUCUCUGUACAGGGGAUUUGUUUGUGCUAUAUACGGGGUGUCUAAAGUUAGCAAUAAAGCCUUUCUUUACAAAGGAA